AUGCCCAAGAAGAAGAUUAUUAUACACGAUGAACCUGUACCAGCAAGACCUCAUAGAAACAUGAAAGCCAAAGUUGUAUUUGAUCCAUCUGAUAAUCAUAUACCGAAGAAAAGAGCUAAAUAUUCUUAUAAGAAUGAAAAACCCACAGAAGCCACUACUGUAAAAAAAACUACAAAGGAUAGAAGAAGAAAACGAGAUACUUCUAAGUCAAAAAGUCUUCCAGUAAAUCCGGUAACUGAAUUAGCAGAUUGUUCGUUAACUGAAAUCAAUUCUAUAUCUCCAGUACAUUCACCAAUAAAUUCUCCAGUAAAGACAGUAAAAAGUGCUACUGCUGAAGUAAUUCAGAAUUUAUCAAAAAUGUGUUAUAUGUGUUCAAAAAUUUCAGAAAAUAAAGAAUUACUUGAUUGUCCAAUUUGUUCGAUUAAAGCUCACAAAGACUGUCUAAUAGUGGAUGAGCCUGUAUGGAAGUUCAAAUUAGAUUUAAGUCCUUGGCUCUGUAAACAAUGCAGAAGACUAAAUUGUAGUAAAUGUCUCGAAGAUAAAAAGCAGAAGAAAGUAAUGUAUCACUGUGUCUCUUGUGAUGUUGGUUUACAUAGCAUUUGUUAUGAAUCAAAUGAAAUUAAACCUUUGCAUAAAGUAGAACCUGAUAUGUAUGUAUGUAUCCCUUGCAUGACUUUGGCUACUCAAAUAAACCAAGAAGAAGUAGAAGAAGUAUUUGAAAUUAAAGAUGAUGUUGAAUCAAACAUAUCCAGACCAUCCAGUGUUAUGUCUAUAUCAUCUGACGAAGAUGACACCGGUUCUAGAAGUAGUUCAUCAGAUAGUUCAACAGACUAUGAUAAAUAUGAGGAUUUCCAUAAUACUGAAAUUCCAAAUGUAUCAAAAUGGAAUAAAGAACAAAUAUUUGAAUAUUUAUCAGAACGUUUACCUCAAGAAAUUGUUGAUCAUCUAAUUCAUUUUGAUAUUGAUGGUCGCUCUAUACAAUUACUUCAACGGAGUGAUAUUGUAUCAAACAUGGGUUUGAAACUUGGACAUGCAUUGAAAUUUUAUAAACAAGUGCGGAUUUUACAGUCGCAAAGUACAUAUGAUCGCUUAUUCUGGGAAUAGUAAUUGUUAUACCUAAUAUCUAUUUAUCAUCGAAUGAUAUAAAAUUGUGUUCAUGUUUUUUUUUUUUUUAUAUAUAUAAAUUAUUAUUAUUGUAAUAAGUUUUAAAACCGUCCUUUCAAAACUUGAAAUCAAAUGCAAUUAUCUAUUUUUUAAUUUCUCCAUGUUUACAAAUAGUGAAAUAAUUUGUUUAGCUAUUUUUUUAUAUAAAUACAUUAUUGUUUUAGCUUAACUGCAUAUAAAGACUAAUCAAAUUUAUAUUCUGUAUUAUUUAAUGAUGGCAGUUACUAGUAAUAAAAACCCCUUUGAAUACGCUGCUACUUUGGCAAUAAUAGGUAGGGCCAUAACCUGCCUAUAACCAUAAUAAUUUGAUCAUGUUUCUUAAGCUAAUAAAAAAACUUAUAAUUUUUAAUAAUUCACCGUAGGUACACAAAAAUAUGUAAUUAACAAUAAUAUACUACUGUAUUCUAAAUUAUAAUACUACCUACUUGUAUUUAAACCCAAUAAUGGCUUUUUGUAUUAUAUAUGU